AUGGCGGGACCGUCGCGCAGGCGGUCGCCGCGUAACGCCGCGAACGCGGAGAACGCGCCCGCGCCGUCGCCGGUCGCGGACACGCCAUCGAAGACGACGACGCGCGCGGACGGCGGCGCGGUUCCGGAGAAGGAGAACCCCGCGCACGAGGCGACGCCGUCGUCGAUCCUCAAACGCCGCCGCCGCAGCAUCCUGAGCGACGUCUCCAAGGCCACGGGCGCGGACGCGGGCGCGAACGCGUCCCCGAACGCGCGCGCGGCGUUAAAGAAGCGCCGCCAAUCCUUGGCGAACCGACGCGUCUCGUUCGCCGUCGACACCGCGUUGGAAUCCGUCCGCGAGUUUGCGAAAGACGAGGGCGCCGAGGGCUCCGGGCUGGACGCCGUCGCGUUCCCGGACCCGGUGACAGCGACGGCGGCGAGCUCGAGCGCGAAACCGGUCGCGACGCUCGCGUCGUGCCCCCCUCCGGCGCCGAUCGUCGUCGCGCCGUCGCCGGCGCCGGCGCCGACGCCGACGCCGACGCCGACGCCCGCGCCGCACGUCACGCCGACGGCGACGGACCCGUUCCUCGCGUUCGGCGUCUCCCCCGCGGCGUCGGGCGGAUCCAAGUCCCACGCGACGCCGUCCGAGGAUGGGACGAUCGCGUUCAGCCACGGCGUGAUGUCCACCCCGGGGUCCAACCUCAACCUCACGGGAAACCUCGCGGGCGGCGGCGGAGGGCGGCCGUCCGACGCGACGUCGCACGGCACCGGCACCGUGGGCGCGUUCGAUCUCGGGGACACGCCGAACGUCGCGAACGCUACGCCGAUGUCCGCGAACGGCGGCGGCGGCGGCGCGCCGACGCCGAACAGCGGGCCGGGGUCUGUGGACAUUGGAAACGUGUUUUCGAAAAACUUGCCGCGCAGGGUCACGAUGGACCCGUCGCAGUACCGCGACGCGAUGAAAGCCGCGGGGAACGACCUGACGACGACGCCGACGAUCACGGAGAGCGGCGGUUUGGACGACGACGAGGACGACGACGAGGUUGACGACGAAGACGGCGGCGAGCUCGGGAUGCACGACGACGGCGUCACCGCCUCCGUCCCCGGGCUCGCCGCGCUCGCGGACGAGGACGAGGACGAGGACGAGACCGAGGCUGGCCACGCCCCUGUUGGGAUGUCCGCGCCCGGGCACACGGCGGCGUUCAAAUACGACGCGAGCGCGGCGGCGAACGCGAACGCGAACGAAAUCACCGCGGCGGUGCCUUCGUUAUCCUCCCUCGCCGCGGACGACGAAGACGACGACGACCACCUCGCGACGGUAAACGUCCACGACGUCUCCAAGCACUCCACAAACUCGAGCGAGGCGUCGCCCGCGCUGUGCGGGCUCCCCAUGGGGAGCGUCACCGAGGACGUCGCGGCGAACAUGGCUGCCGAUCUGGCCGCGGCGGUGGCGGCGGACCAGGCGAAGAACAUCGCGGGCGGCGCAGGCGGCGCGUCGGCGUCCGCGUCCGCGUCCGCGUCGUCGAACGACGGCGACGAUUACACGAUGGCCAUGGACCUCGGGUACACGACGAUGCUCCCAACGCGUCAGAACGCCGUUUCGAAAGGCGGCGCGACGCCGACGGUGAACUUCCCGCCGCCCGGCGCGGGCGGCCCCACGCCGACGGCGACGGCGCUCUCCGAUUUCAACUUCACCUCCGCGCUCGAGGCGGGCGCGCACGGCGUGUGGGGCGCCGCGCGCGACACCCCGGGCGGCGGCGUCAACGGCGUCACGAUGACCGUGGAGAUGACCCAGGCGCUGAACGCGCGGAGGAAGUCUAUGGCUGCGCAGGCGUUGGAGCGGAAGCGACGGAUGACGCUCGGCGUGAAGGGGGUUGCGGGGUUCGCGCACCCGGCGGAUCGCCGUAAAUCCCGCGCGCCGUUCGCGAUGCCGCACGGGAUAUCUCCGGGCGGCGCGCACACGAUGACCGUGGACCUCGACGCGAACGGCGCGAAGGUGAUGGGCAAGGACACGUUCGAGUUUGUGUACGGCGGGCAGGAUAAGACUGGGGAGCCCGGGAGGCCGAGCGACGCGACGAAGACGAGCGCGUCGGGGUUCGGCGACUUCGCCGCGUCGACGCCGACGCUGACCGACCUCUCCUUCGGCGGCGCCGCGGUGAACGACAACGCCGCGGGUUCAAACGCGAACGCGGACGGGGUCGAUUUGAACCUGAGCGACAGCUUCGAGGCACCCCCCGGCAAGACGUCGCUCGCGUCUUCGGGGAACGACACCUGGGACAAGUCGAAGACGACGACGACGACGACGACGCCCGCGGCGAGCUCUCUCCCGGGUCCGUCCACCGACCGCGAGAACACCGGAUUCACCCUCCCCGGGGACGACACGAUGCGGUUGCUCUUGAAGAACAAGCUCGGCGAGCACGGAGACGCGACGCCCGCGCCGCCGAGCGACGGCAACGCCGCCACGGACGGCUCCACGGGGUCGGCGGCGCCGCCCGCCGUCGACGAGAAUCACGCCGCCGCGGAUCCGACGAAGACGUCCAAGCGAACGACGACGGAUACUUGGGACAAAGCGCUCACGGACACGACCGGCGACGUGCUCGUGCCGAUGCCCGGCGUCCAUAACGGUCACACGAUGACCGUUACUGGCGUCGUGCCGUUCGCGACGCCGCACGAGUCGCUCAAGGCGCCGUCCGUCGCCGGCUCCGCGGGGGCCGCGUCGUCCACCGGCGGGUUCACCCCCGGCGACGAAACGCUCGAGAUGAUCGAAAAGUUGAAAGCGCGAGAGCACGGGUUCACCGCGAAGACGCCCGGGACGCACGCGGGGCGCCCCUCCACCCUCGGCUGGGGGUUCGCGUCCGCGCUCGGCACGCCGCUGCCGCCGCUCGGAGGCGCGGCGCCGACGGCGUUCACGCCCAACCGAAACACGAGCAUCGCCGGCGGCGCGCCCGGAAGCGGGUUCAAGACGCGAAACGGCCACGGGUUCGCCGGGCCCGGGUUCGACCCCGCGCCCGCGUUCGGGCGCCAAUACGGCGACGCCGCUUUCGGCGCGUUCACCCCGGGCGGGUCGCAGAGGGACACGCUGCGCGGCGCCAAGGCGCUGAACGACGCCAAGACGCUCGAGGGGGCGUUGGGCUUGCCCGCCGACUGCCCUCCCAUCCCGGACGUCGGCGGCGUGGUGGAGCUGGAGACGUUUCUUCACGCGUGCGAGGUGUCGUUCAUGGAGGCGCGCAACUUGCGGCGGAAGAGCCUCGCGAUGGAGUCGCUGUCCAACGCGCCGCCGCCGUCGAACGUGUACGAGGGGUUGAAGCUCGUGUGCCUCACCGCGCCGAUGAUUGAAGCGCUCGAGCCGAUGCACGAGCACUUGUCCGACGCGCUCGCGUCGGACGCCAAGGACAUCGACCGACUCAAGCUGGACGUCGAACGCGCGCAGCCGCCCCUUCUGCGGCUCGCGUCGUCGGACGACCCCGCGCACGUCGCCGCGCUGCAGCGCGCCGGGAAGAUGCUCAAGAAGGAGUGCCAGCUCGCGGCGAAGGACGACUUCACGUCGCACCGGCUGCUCACGGAGCGAGCCGUCGCGGAGUCGCUCGUCGUCGCCGCCGCCGCGCUUCAACGGACGGAGACGAGCCUUACGCACUCGAGGGAGAUCGCCGCGGAGGCGUGCGCGGCUGCCGACGCGCACGAGGCGGACCUGCGCGAGAGGAUCGACGCGUGCGGCGACGCCGCGGCGUCGAGAGAUCGUCUGCUGACCACCAGAAGGGGUUUGCUCGCGGCGUUGGCGCAGCGACGGAGGCUCGUCGACGACGCGAAGCGAAAACUCCGCGAGACGAACGACGACGUCGUCGCCAUGACGCGACGCGGCGGCGUCGUCCAGGCGGAGCACUCGCGGUUCAGCGCGCAGCUCGAGGAAGCGCGCGCGGUCGCCGCGCAGAAGGGCGUCGAGCUGCCGGAAGACGGCGGCGCGAGCGCGCGUUCCGCGGCGGCGGCGCGCGCGAAGAAGGCUGGCGAGGCGUGCCGCGCGCUCGGCGAGGAACUCGCGGUGUUGAACCGCGUCACGCCGUGGCGGCUGGACGGGCUCUCCGGCGGAGGCGACACGCUCUCGCUGCGCGUCGGGCGGUUGUUUCGGAUCGCGCUGGACGUCGGCACCGGCGCCGGGCGCGUCACGCUGCAGCCGUGCAGCGGCGUGACGCCGCAGGGGGGCGUCGCGUUCGCCGCCGCCGUCGCGGGGGCGCCGCGCGCGUGGAACGAGACGUCGGAAAACGCGAGAAACGGCCAUCUCGCGGCUGUUUUACAGUCCAUCGUCCCGGGGCUGCGACGCGCGGAGGCGACGUUGGGCGAGGCGGAGGCGUGCCGCGACGCGUUCCCGAGAAUCACGAAGAUGCGAUGCACCGCCGGCGGCGGCCUCGAGCUGUCCUUCACGGAUUUCAACAUGGAACGCAAAGUCGACGUCGCGCUCGACUUUAGCCGAGGCGCGUACCCGCGCGGGAAGCUCUCCCCGCGCGUCGCCGUCGUGUACCACGGCACCGGACCGCCGCUGCCGAGCGCGGCGACGAUGGAAGCCGCGAUCGACCGCGUACCGAGCGGCGCGUGCGGGCGGCGGCUGUUUGGGAUAUGCCGGCUGAUGGAUUGGAUCGUCGCGCGCGGCGAAGAGGGCGCGUUCUUACACUGGUCCCCAUACGACCCUGUUGGCGUGCCCGCGGCGGCGGCGGCGGCGCCGACGCCCGGACCGAAGCACUGGAAGGGGGGCGUCCUGCCGUUCAUCGCGGCGACGCCGAAGGAGGGAGAAGGAGAAGCGCGAGCGACGACGACGACGCACGACGCCACGGACGUGGAGUCGCUGCGCGCGGGGGUGGCGUCGGCGGCGGCGAAGGCGAAGGCGGCCGCCGCGGAGCUCGCGCGCGCGACGGCGAAGAGCGGCGAAGGGAUGGCGAUGGCGAUGGCGAUGGCGCCGGCGAGCGAUGCGGCGUUCGAUUCCGCCGCCGCGAGGACGCCCGCGGGGUUCGUCUCGCAGGGCGCGAACCCGCUCUUCGACGACGCCAUGGACAUGGACGAGUAA